UCCAAUCAUGUUUCGUCAUUUGGAGAAAGAAGAACGUUGAAUCUAAAAGCGCCAGAAACUUUCUGCUGUUUCCACUGUCUGUUAACGCCAAGAAAAGACUUUAGAUUUUUUUUUCUUUACAGGAAACAUGGAUGCACUUUUAAAUAAACGUUUACAAGAGAAUAAAUUUAGCUACAAAAGGUCGCUGGAUCGAAUAAUAGACAAGUAUUCAAAACUUCAGGACCAAGACGGAGGAGUAGACGUGGACCUCGGCGAUAUACAACCCUGGAUGCUUGGACGCUACAUGAAGCAGUCAAAAUUAAAUCUGAGCCAGCUGGAAUCUAAGAGCAUGGCAGAUUUGGGAGAAGAGUCAAUAAGAGCACCGGACAUUACACAAAACUCUCAGUUGGACUUUACAUAUCAAGAUGAUGGAGCUAAUGAGGCUUCUGAUACCGCCACCCAAUUGGAAGUGGAAGAUAAAGAUUUGUGUCCAGUAGAGAUGCCUAGAAGUGAAGUGACUCAGCUGACAGUGAGCUCAUUGGAUGAGAGCCAGAGGAAUUUUUCUCAGGUGGAACUCCAACCUGAAGACGAAGACGAGGAACUGCAAAUGUCUCUGAGCAGCCACGGCAGCUCCUUGGUGGAGCUCUACCCCAGCAUGAUAAGUCGAUUAGGGAGGGCCUGGCAUCGGCAGCACAUCUCUACAGCCGCUGACUCUGUGCUGAGGAGGUAUCGCAGGUGGCGUCAGCAGUCGAACAGAAGCAAUCCCAACUAUACCUUCGUUGUCCCGCUGAGACACACCAGCAGCAACUCCAGAAAGAUACCCAGCAAGGAAAACCACAGCAAACCCGUAAAAAAGCAGUUCACAAAGACUGAAACAACCCCUCGGUCGCCUUUGCAGGUAGUCACCAGUUUGCAUGAUUGGCAGCCAAAGCAGCAGUCUCCUGGUAAGGAGAGAGGCUUGCAGCACCAUGCUCUCCUCGCAAUGGACUUCUCUGAGAUCUCCAAACCAAAAGAGAUCUUACUGAACGAGACCUUCAUCAUGUCUCAGCAGUCGCCUCCCAAACUAUCCCGGCCUAGAGAGCAGGCUUCCAUUCACACUGUCAGUCCUUCUCGACCUAACCAUACCACUCCUAAAACAUCCGUGGACUCAUUCUUUAAUUUCAAAAGAUCUGUUUCUGCACACUCGGUACAGACUGCAGGGUCUUCCAUGUAUCUAUCAGAAACCAGUGCUAUGAGAGAAAGAGCUGAUAUCUACGGCUCCCCAGUCAGGCUGAGUCCCUUAAAAGCAAGAAUGAUGACCCUCAGUAGGUCACCUCAGGCAGUUUCCAGAAGCCCCAAAGAUUAUGCAGUGGAAUACCACUCCAGAGAGUCGAUGAGGUCCGGCUCUCCCUCCACCAGUCUGUCCACUCCUCCACAGAGGCCUGUUGUCCCACUGAGGAUGCUUCACCAUCAGGACUCCCAUCAGCUGCACUCACCUCAGUCAGCCGGUCGUCACAAGCUCAGACGGCACCUUUCCUUUGAUUCGUCCCUGAAGCCGAUCCAGUACUCUCCAAAGAAAGUGGACGAAGAUUUCAUGAAACUUUACCACAAGUUUGUGUGCCAGAACAAAUCGGCUUUCCUCAACGGCCCUCCCUGCCGCCUGUGUGCUCGAAACUCAGCAGCCAGCAGAGACUACUCUUCCUCAGCCCUGGCUGCUCUCGCCCUGUCGCCCCACCGCUCCAUCCUGAGGAAACGCCACAGAGAGUUGGGCUGGGACAACCAUCCGCAGUCCAAACGUUUCAGGGAGGAGUACGGCACAUACUCCCCGGGGUCCAGACGCCACAGGUGGGAGAGGCUGAGGCGUUCUCUCUCCCCGUCUGAAGUGGAGCUGCCUCACGGGGGCCUCUCCUAUAGCUCCAGUAAACACAGCAUGUUUCAACGGUGCAGCACUCAGCAGCCUCCAGCACAUCAGGAAUCCUGGAUGAGUCGGCGCCUGCCUGUAUCUGCAGCAGAUUUUUCAGGCCUGGGGAAUUCACUUGAGAGCAAAAUGACCGAUCACUACUCUCCCAGAAAAUGGCGAUGAACAGGGAUGAUCAAGGAAGAAUCUAUAGAAGUUCAAUAAGUUCCAGCAUGGAAAACUGUACAUACUUGGUCAGGUACCAAUGUUGAAUAAUUGUGUACUAGCUUGAAUUUUUCAAUGCAAAUCUUGGUGAAAAGCAGCUUCUAAAAUCCAAAUUGUACACAUUUACGUUGAUCACAAAACUGUUAGAAGAUCUGUGUGUCCAUGUAUCUGUUUUAAACAUUUCAUUGAUUUAUUCACGUCCUCUUGUUAGAUUUUAGACUUCAUCAUUGCCAAGUUAAUACAUCGUUAUGUUUGUUUUUUUUAAUGUCCAAUAUUAAAAUAAAACCAUUAAUGUGAAAACUGUUUUUAAAACAUUCAGAGAAUAUUUUCUUAUUGCAGUUAAUCUGUUUAUUGUACUUUUUCUUUAUAUUCGCGAAAGGUUUAAGACAAGACAACAAAAUAUGAAACUGAUCCAAACAAUACAGCAUACAGCAUGGUGGUUAAUAAAGAAAACGAGAAAAAUAAAGAUCAUUUCACUUUUUGGUCACUAGUUUUGUGCAUUCUUCUGACAUGGAAAAUAUUUAUCUAAUCCUACUUAAAAUAGUUCUGUACUGUAACCGUCCAAAUAAAAGUAACAAAAACGUGUAAAAAAAAAAAAAAACAACUUACUGAUACAGUGCUA